AUGAGUGUCAACUACUUCACCACCAUCAACUACUCCAGAGGUGACAGGCAACCAUACCUGCCUCUAGUAGGUGAAGCUGGCUCUCCUAUCUUUAUUGGCAAAACAGAUCAAAAGAUCUAUCUACCAUCCAGUAUGGCGUUGGUGACGGGACUCAAAGUUUGCAUCAUCACCUCAAACCCAGAUGGUUACAAAGUGAUAUUCAACGGUUGUGAACACGGAGUGACUACAACCAGUGCACCCUCAACAACAGAGGCACCCUCAACAACAGGUCCUCCAAGUACAACGGAGAAGUCAACUACUCGCGUGACAACUACUAAGGCUCCUUCAACAACUGCCCCACCUUCAACGACCAAGGAGGUAACAACAGUUGUGACCACUACCCCUGAAUCUACCACAAAGGAAGUCACCACAGUGCAGUCUACAACAGGUCCUCCAAGUACAACGGAGAAGUCAACUACUCGUGUGACAACUACUAAGGCUCCCUCAACAACUGCCCCACCUUCAACAACUGCCCCACCUUCAACGACCAAGGAGGUAACAACAGUUGUGACCACAACCCCUGAAUCUACCACAAAGGAAGUCACCACAGUGCAGUCUACAACAGGUUAG